GAUGCGUAUUUUUUUAUCUCUUGAAACACCCACUCGAUUGAGAUCGUUCAGUAUUUAAAAUGAAAAAUAUUGAGAUGUAAGUGUGUAGCGUUUGAUGGAACUAUUUCGCGAGCUCUUUAAAACGAAACAAAUAAGAAUAUAUCCAUUAUGACAUGGAAAGUCAGUGACUAAAAAUCGGAGCACAUGAGUAUAUCUCUUACUAAGAGAAAUAUUGUUUCCUUGUCAAAUGAAAUCGCUGUGUGAAUAACAUUUUCAUAGCUGUUCUCUUCCAACGGUGUAAAACUAUAUUUCUGUGGUGAUUUAAAUUCUUCUUACGGAUAGUAAAUUUUUGAAGCAGCAUUUCUUCUCUUUGAUAUUCCAUAUUUCUUUUCGCCGGUAAAUAAUGUGUGAACAAAGCAUUUCUCUAUUUAGUAUAUGCUUUUGUGUCUUACAAAGUUUUCCAAGAUGAAGUACUGUGAAAUAGCUACUGAAAUUGCUUGUGCAAAUAUGAAUUCAUAUAGUAAAAAUGAGGGCUUUAAUUGCAUUUCUAAUUCACAUGAAACUUUGGAUACACGGUGGAAUGGCGAGAUAGCACAUCAGAAAAGUUAUGAUGCAGUUGUUUUUUCCGUUUUAAAAGUUGCUCCAGAGGAUUUUGCUAGCCAGUUAACAUUGAUGGAUUUUCAAGUGUUUAAACUAAUUCAACCUGAGGAAUUGUCAAGUUGUUGUUGGAACAAAAAAGAAAAAAUGACAUAUGCACCUAAUGUAGUUGCAUUUACACAAAGAUUUAAUCAUGUUAGCUUAUGGGCAGUUAAAGAAAUCCUUUCUGGACAAACACCAAAAGCUAGAGCAGAUAUCAUUGCUCAUUUUAUUAAAGUUGCUAAAAAAUUGCAUGACCUUAAUAAUUUGCAUUCAGAAUCAGCUAUCAUUUCUGCAUUACAGAGUGCUUCAAUUUUUAGGCUAUCAAAUACCUGGCCACAACUAUCAAAGAAAGACAAAAGCACUUUUGAUAAAUUAGCUGAUGUCUUUUCUGAUGCUAAUAAUUUUGAAAAGCUUAGAGAUCAUAUGACCAACACAAAACUUCCUUGCAUACCAUACUUAGGUUUAUUUUUGAAAGAUCUUGUAUUCAUUGAUAUUGCUCAUCCACCUACUCAAGGCUUAGACAACCACCAUCGUCAAAUGAAAAUGAAUAAUAUCCUUAGACUGAUAGCUGAAUACCAACAAUCCAAUUAUGAUCAUCUUCCUGUGCUGCCUCAUAUUCAGAAUUACUUAAGGUCUGUUAGGUAUAUUGAUGAGCUUCAAAAAUUUGUUGAAGAUGAAAAUUAUAAAUUGUCUUUGGAAUUGGAACCAAUGAAAUCAUCACCUAAUUUAAAAGACUCAAAUUCUCAUCGACAUUUAGUCACAGAAGAUCUGAAGGCUGCAAGUAGGAAUUCAUUAGGUGUUCCUGGUUCUUUAGAAGCUCGAUCAUCUCGUUCAAUGCCAGGCCAUGGCUCUAGAUUUGUUCCUACUCAUAGAAAAGCAUGGAGUUUAGGAACAAAUGUAAUGUCUUCUUUGUCUGUGGAUACCUUAAGCACUUGUUCAAACUUUUCUUCAGAAAGACAUCUACUUGAUGACAGUAUAUUAGAACAUACUCCUGUUAUUACAAGGAAAAGAUCUCUUGGAAGCAUAGAAGAUAUACAUGAUCAUUUUGAUACAUGGUUGGAGCAUCUUCCUCUUAAUUGCAAUGACCAUCAGGAAAUAAAUUUGCGACAUAUUGAUGCUGUUGCUACUUUCCAAGGCUAUGUGCGUAGGAAAACAGUUUUGAAAGAAGGCAAAAAGCCAGCUAUGUCUCCCUGGAUGAGGUAUUGGCUAGUACUAAAAGGAACUACACUAAUAUACUUUCCACCAAAAACGCUUAGAGGAACAGAUAAGUCUGAUUUCAAAAGCACACCGUGUAAAUCAUUUGAUGUGUCUGGGUGUAUAGUUAUAUGCUCAGAUGCUGGCAAUCAGCCUGAUGCAUUCCAACUUACAGAUCCAGCUAAAGGAAAUGUCUAUAAGUUUCGUACUGGCUCGCCUGCAAAAACCGUCCAGUGGUAUAAUCAUCUAAGAAAAGCUACAAACCAGUAUGAUGAGUGUACACAUUUGGAGAAUUUGAUGACAUUUGAAUGAUGUAGUAGAAUUCAGAACUGGGAUUUUCAACAAUUUCUCUCAAGAUGGAAAGGUGCCAAGUGCCUCUAGAUCAUGUGCCAUAGACUUCUGAUUCAUCAUCGCUUUGUCAAAUUCAUCCAAAAGAGAUAUCUGCCCAGUUGAUGAAUUUAUGCAUCAACUGAUACUCAGGCAAAAGUUGUAUAUAAAAGGCAGCUUUUGACAGCCGCCCAUUGGAGUUAUCUAAAAAAGCUUUGUGCUGCUAUCUAAAGUCUGACAUUCUUUUCUAUGUAUUCCAAGAACUUGUGAACAGUUUUUUUUUUCUUUUUUUUCCGGAUCUGAUAUAAGGUAGCAAGUUAUCAAAAUAUUCACAUUUUCCUAAGACUGUUUGAUAUAUAGUUUUAAAUUAAUAAAAUUAUAUAACAGAUGAAAACCGAAUUUUGCAUGUAGUUACAUAUCUUCAUUCUAAAUUUUUUAUUGCUCUUCAAUUAUUGUUCUUCAUUUUGGACUUUGCUGUUGGAGUAUGAAAGAUUAAUCAUAGUAUUUUACUUAAUGUGGUUUUGUUUUUUAACAUUGUAUGUAUUGUAAAAUUUGAAACAGGCUUUACCGUCUUUUUUUUUUUUUCUUUUUCUUUCUAAGAACAUCAUAAAAUUUUCUCUAUUCAUCUGUUCUGUUUGCUGUUUUUAAAAUAUAUGGAUAUAAGUGUCAUUUUUUUUUUUCCUAUGUGAUAAGGUGCAAAACUCUUCAUUAAAAAAUAUCACUAAAGAAUCUUGAUGUGUAGUUUAUAUAUUAAUUUGUUAUUCAUAUAAAUUUUCAGAAAUUAAAUUUGGGUAUAUUGAUAUUUUAUAUCUAUAUACUCAAUAGAAAAUUUUAAAUAAAAAAAUAAUAAAAAUUAUUUGAAAUUUAUUAUUUAAAAGUUUUGUGUGUUAUAAAACUGUUAUUUUUGAACUACUUAAAACAAAGUGUAAUAUCUACAAUAGAGGGAGAAAUUUUAAGUGCUUUGAACAGUUAAACAUUUUCUUUAAUGGUUCAUGUUUAAAUGUUGAUCCUGUGAUAUAAUCCCUCUGUAGGAUCCUUUGGAAAAACUUAACAUAUGAUAUAUAUUGUUUCUGAAAAGACUGAAAUCGUUAUUGUGAAGACUGAAAUAGUUAUUGUGAAUUAAUAUUCUAAGCUUUAAUUUUUGAUUUCAUUAUUUUGUUUUUAAAAUAUUUGAUUGAUCUGAUUUUGGCUUCUGUGUAUCGUAAAUUAUGUUUUAUGUAAUUCUGUAUGGUCCACCCCCCCCCAUCCAAUUUUUUCAGAUUUAAAACUAAACACUAAAUUUAAUCCACAAAUCUCCUAAAAAUUAAAGACGUUUUUGUACUAUAUAUAUUUCUUUCUUCUCUUGUUUCCUUUACGAUGAAAAGUUUCUGAUGUUUCCCCUAUUGAAAAUAAUGAAUUUUUAUAUUCAUAAAUCUGCUAAAUUUUUAAUGGAAUAGAUUUUUAUCUUUGGUGGUCAAAAUGCAAUAUAGUGACAUGUUAAUCAUAAGACAUUCAUGCUUUCAUUGUGUACAUUCCAUUACUGAGCUUUUCUAUCUUUUAUACAAAGCUCUGUAUCUGUUUCUAACUACGCAAUAGUUGUGAGAAUGAAGAAGAGGUGCUAGUAAACAGUUAACAUUAGCUACAAGUUUUAAACAUCAAUGUCACAGAAGCACUUUUAUUUGGUAUGAAUGU